AUUUGUUUAAUCACAAUAAAGGUUGAACACGUCUGACAAAUAGUUGUUGAAAACAUGGAAACAAGGAGAAGUUUUUUGUCUUGAAGUAACUAGUUUUAUUGAAUGUUUUGUUCACGAGUCUUUGCUAUAAAAUUAGCGUUAGAUUUGAUUCCACCGUAACAUGCAUUAUAUCAGCCUCAAAUUUGAUGCCACCUGUGACAUGCCUAAUAUCAGCAAACGAGACAAGAAAUAAUAGAAUACAGAGAUGAAUUGUUACAUGAUAUCGAUAUAUUAACUAUUUACAAAAAAAGAAAGAAUUAUAGAAUUUAAUGUUAUGACAAGUGGUAUCUGUUAAUUUUUUUUAGUUAUUUCGGUUUGAAUAUACCAUGAUUUAUUGUUUGUGUUUCACCAUGUCAUUUAAGCGAAUCUAAUAGUAAAAACUUUCCUGGUAAAAGCAUGUUGUUAAAUGUUCUAACUGCUUCACUAAUAGAGAUUUUUAGCAACUUGAAAUAUUUCUGAAAUAAAAUACGUAUUCACAAAUUUUUUGAUCAUUUUUCCUUAAAGAAUUAGUAAGGAUUAAAAUGUUAAGAAUUAAUUUUUUUUUUGUAUGACCAGUUCAAAUCUUAAAUUUUUUUACAGUCUUCUCUGCAAGAGUAAAAGUACAAAAAUUGUACUUUAACCUUAUUUUAUUAGUGUUAUGCGAAUAAGAUUGUUGGGCUUUCGGUUACUUUUUGCUUGAUUCAAUUCCCUAUAAAAAAGAGAGUAGCGAACGCUAGUGCAUUUGUAACUAAUUAUUAGAGCAUUGAUCUAAUUUUUACGUUUUUUUAUUUUAUACACCAAUGCCAGAUUGUUUUGAUGGAAUUAUCGCCUUAUUUACAUUGAAUUGACUUGUGUUUCUUUCUUUUUUUUUUUAAUUUUUAUGUGAAAUUCCCAACUUGAAUAAAAAAGAAAUAUGCAAAAGGGUGUAGGUGUUGGGUGUUUUUCUUGCUUACAAAAAAAGCCUUUUUUCUUUUAAUUCAAAGCAACAUUUGCAAAAUUAAGGGUGUCUAAGUGUACCUUGCAAUUCAUAUAUUUUAGAAAAUCAUUAGAAUACGAAAAAAUUACUGUAGAGAGAUUUUUAGUUUUGUUAAUUAAUAUUGUGUUGGUUUUUAGUUGGUUUUCUGUGAUAAUAUAACAAUUCAAUUUCUUGUAACGUGAAAAACGAUUCUAAAAUAAUUUGGUUAAUGAAAACAGAAAAUUUUUUCUUCAUACCGCAGUUAUUUUGCGGAAAACAUAAAGAAAACGAUACAAGAACGGUUCACUAUACACACAAUAUAAAAAAGGAAUUCAAAAAGCAAUCGUCAAAUUGUAAAAAAGACAAUACGUUUUUAACUAAUCCGUUGAAUUAUUUUAAAAAAACAACAAAAAAUGAAAUACACAAGCAGAUAUCAAACUCGAAUUUCGUAACAAAAAAAAUUAACUUUCAUUGGUGUGCUUCAUGCAAACCGUUUAAAAAGCAUGUACGUCAUCCAUGUGGUUACAAAUUUCCAUCUUCACGGGUUCUUUCUACUGGACAAUUUAGUAAAUUGAAAGAAAAUGACGAAAAUUCGGUACUACUGGAAGAACGUCAUUCAAUUACUUCAGUCGCCUCAACGUGUUGCGAUUUUUUAAACCGCUUAGAUGCAGAAUCUUCUGGAAUAAGCACGUUAGACGAAGAGUUAAAAAUUUCUUCAUCAGAUGCAGAUAUUUUGCCAUCUUUGUCUCAUUUUAAUACAACUCUUAUAGCUUUAUUAGGAGUAGGAACUUUUGGACGGGUUUACCUAGCUCGUCACGCAAAAAAUUUUAAAGAUUACUAUGCUUUAAAGAUUAUUAAAAAAGUAGACAUUGUACGGUUAAAACAAGAGAAACAUGUGGCUACAGAAAGGCAAAUAUUGCAAACAAUUUCACAUCCCUUUAUAGUGUCCUCGUUUGGUUCUUUUGAAACUGCAAAUGAAAUUUGUAUUAUGAUGGAAUAUGUCCCCGCUGGUGAACUUUUUCAUUUACUUCAAAAAUAUGGCCGAUUGUCGAAUGAAUUAGCUCGUUUUUAUGUAGCCGAACUUGUAACAGCUUUAAGAUAUUUACAUUCAUGCAACAUUGUGUAUCGUGAUAUUAAGCCCGAAAAUAUUCUGAUUGAUAAAUACGGUCAUAUAAAACUUAUUGAUUUCGGUUUUUCAAAGUAUGUAAAAAAUCGCACUUGGACAUUAUGUGGAACGCCUGAGUAUUUGGCUCCAGAAGUGUUACUUGGGAAAGGUCAUAACCAAGCUGCUGAUUGGUGGACCGUGGGUAUUCUUAUCUACGAAUUACUAACAGGUCAUGCUCCUUUCCAAGGUGACUCCGUAACGGAGAUUUAUAAAAGGAUUCUGUCUCAUGCACUAUUCUUUCCUCAAGGAUUUAACACUGAAGCCAAGGAUCUUGUUACAAAUUUAUUAAAUCCGAAUCCUCAGGAACGCUUAAACUUUACAACAAAUACAUCGAAUGAUAUUCGUUCCCAUGUAUGGUUCUCUUCUAUUGAUUGGCUAGCAUGUGAAAGAAAACUUAUCAAACCUCCUUCAAUGACAACGAACUAUCAAAACAAUAAAAUUUCAACUUGCUAUACCAAAAAUCUAUCUUUUUAACGUGAUACGGUUUAAAAGUUUACAUGACACACUAAGAAGCACACUUUACAAGCGUAACUCCCUUCAUAUGAGUCGAAGACUUGUGUAAUAUCGAAACAAAAAAAAAAUCAGGUUAAAAAAAUAUUUAUAUUUUCAAUGGUGUACUACUUGAAAUGAUUGAUAAAUAAAAACAUCCCAUUUAAAUUUUUAUCUUUAUGUAUAAUUUUUUUCACAAAUAAUGAGUUCCGUGUAUGUCACACAAUAAAAAAUGACAGGCCAUGUUGAUCUUCCGA